AGCAAACGUAAAUAUUUACCCUCUGCAUUAUCUCACUCGCAACAACAAAAAGGAGGUGUUUCGUCCAGCUCUCAAUCUAGUCGGCUCAGUGCAGCUUGCGGGAACAUGCCAGAGAAGAUUAUCAUCGUUACCGGAUUCGGCCCGUUCGCAGGCCACGAGGAUCGUAAUGCGAGCUGGGAAGCGGUAAAGCUGCUGCCCGAUGUGUUCCACUUCCGGAAGGAUGCGUACCAGCUGCGUAAGUAUCAAGUACCCGUUAUAUACGAAGAGGUGAAUCGUAUCUUGCCACAGAUUUGGAACCAAACCCCGGACCUGGUAGUGCACGUGGGCGUCAAUGGUACGAUCAACACAAUCAACCUGGAGCAUUUCUCCUACACGUUCGGCUACUCUAAGCCCGAUUUCGCCCAGCGUUAUUUGUCCAGCGAUAAGAUAACACUCAGCGGAAAGCAUGCAAACGACAAAGAGUGCGCGAUGCUUAAAACGAAUCUUAAUGUCGAACGCUUGGUCAAGGAGCUGAACCUCGAAACGAAUGUAGAAUGCUGUUGCUCGACGAAUGUGGGAAACUACCUUUGCGGCUACAUAUAUGUGAAAUCGCUCGAUGUGAACCAGGACAGGACGCUGUUUGUGCAUGUGCCUGAAGUGAACGAACCGUACACCUCGGAGCAGACGAUGACGACAAUCUAUAAUGUGAUAGGCAAAUGCUUGGAGCAACUUGCCGCUGAACAUAAGCUGUCCUAAGAUGCUGCUCACCCCCUACCUACCUCUAAUGCGGAUUAAUUCGGUAGAGCUUCACCUCAAUGAUAAUUAUCAUCGGUUUCUGUAUCUAUAAAAUCAAAAGGCCAUAUUUACACUACAUUAUACUGUGUAACGCAAGCGAAUCGUACAGUAUUGACUAACAAUUAUAUACCAACGGGAAUUAAUAUAUAUCUUGCAUAACUCAAA